AUGCCGAACCCGCAGGUAUUUUUCGACAUGACCGUUGGCGGUGCCCCCGCUGGCCGCAUCACGUUCGAGCUGUUCGCCGACAAGGUGCCUAAGACGGCUGAGAACUUCCGCGCUCUGUGCACGGGCGAGAAGGGCGUGGGACGCUCGGGCAAGCCGCUGCACUACAAGGGCAGCGCCUUCCACCGUGUUAUCCCGAACUUCAUGUGCCAGGGCGGUGACUUCACCCGCGGCAACGGCACGGGCGGUGAGUCCAUCUACGGCGAGAAGUUCCCGGAUGAGAACUUCCUCCUCAAGCACAAGGGCGAGGGCAUCCUGUCCAUGGCCAACGCCGGCCCCAACACGAACGGCUCGCAGUUCUUCAUCUGCACGGUCGAGACCUCGUGGCUGGACGGCAAGCACGUCGUUUUCGGCCGCGUCGUGGAAGGCAUGGACGUGGUCAAGGCCAUCGAGUCUGUGGGCUCGCAAUCGGGCCAGACCAAGAAGCCCGUGGUCGUUGCCAACUGUGGCGAGCUGUAA